UCUGCAUGUAGAGUAGAAGGUUUGAGAUUCAAUCCCUAUCGGAUCCAGAUAUUAGCUUAUUGUAUACAAGUAUGAUUUGUCUGCCUUUUUCAAGAAAAAAAACCCCAACCCAAACCCUACCUUGUACUGAGAUUUUCCGAUACUUUUUUUUCUUUUCGUUGGGAUAUGGCAUAGUUUGAAGAAUGAUAAACAUAAAACAUAUGAUCAAUUACCCAAUUUCAAGUUUUACUACUUGUCACUUCUUGCUUCAUUUCCUCUUGAUUCUUCUCACAAUAUGUUCAACCCCAACCAAUUCCAAAACUCAAAAAUUCCCCAUCAAAGAAGCUACCAUAAAAGACUUACAAACAGCCUUCCAUGAAAACAAGCUUACUUCAAAAGAGCUAGUACAAUUCUACCUAAACCGAAUCCAAAAACUCAACCCUGUGCUUAGAGCUGUUAUUGAGGUGAAUCCGGAUGCUCUUCAUCAGGCUGAGGAGACCGAUAAGCGUAGAGAAAACGCUAAGAAAUCGACCUCAUUUAGAUCUGCAGGACAAUUAAAUGGGAUACCAGUAUUGUUAAAAGACCUUAUUGGUACCAAAGAUAAGAUGAAUACAACAGCAGGGUCUUAUGCAUUGUUGGGCUCUGUUGUGGGUAGAGAUGCUGGUGUUGUUAGGAGGUUAAGGAAUGCUGGGGCUAUUAUUCUUGGUAAGGCUAGUUUAAGUGAAUGGGCUCAUUUUAGGUCUUUUCUUGUGCCUAAUGGGUGGUGUGCUCGAACCGGCCUAGGCCAGAACCCUUACAAUUUAUCAGCAAAUCCUUGUGGGUCGAGCAGUGGAUCAGCCAUAGCAGCAGCAGCAAACUUAGCAACAGUUACUCUUGGGACAGAAACUGAUGCAUCAAUACUUUGUCCUUGUAGCACCAAUUCGGUUGUGGGCAUUAAACCCACUGUUGGUCUUACAAGUCGUGCUGGGAUCAUACCAAUCUCUCCUACUCAAGACACUGUUGGGCCUAUGUGCAGAAGUGUGGCAGAUGCAACUUAUGUUCUAGAUGCCAUUGUAGGAUAUGAUCCUUAUGACUCAGAAGCAACAUCUAAUGCCAUUAAAUACAUACCACAAGGAGGCUACGCCCAAUUUCUCAAGCUAGAUGGCCUUAAAAGGAAAAGAUUAGGGAUAGUGAGAACUCCUUUCUUUGAUAAUAUCGUUGGAUUUCCUGAAAAGUCCAUUGCUUUUAAUCAACAUUUUGAAACCCUAAGGGAAAAAGGAGCAAUACUAGUUGAUGAUUUGGAAAUACUUAACAUUGAUGAAAUUUUGUCAUCUAACAUUGGGCUGCUGUUGAUCCAAUCUGAAUUCAAAAUAUCCCUAAAUUCAUACUUGAAAGGGUUGCUCAAGUCACCUGUGGAAUCUUUGGCUGAUGUCAUAGAUUUCAACAACAAAAAUACCCAAAAGGAAAUGAUCAAAGAAUAUGGGCAAGAAAAUUUCUUAUUGGCUGAAGCAACAAAUGGGAUUGGCCAAAAUGAGAAGAAAUACUUGGAAAAGUUGGGAGAAUGGGCAAGAGAAGGGUUUGAGAAAGUAAUGGUAGAAAAUAAUUUAGAUGCAAUUAUAAGCCCAGAAUCAUCAUUUUCAACUGUUCUUGCCAUUGGAGGAUUUCCAGGUAUAAGUGUUCCAGCAGGAUACGAUAAAGAUGGAAUACCAUUUGGUAUAUGUUUUGGUGGCUUAAAGGGUACCGAACCUAUACUUAUUGAAAUUGCUUACGGUUUUGAGCAAGCUACAAAAAUUAGGGUGCCUCCUUCAUUUUUAUUUGGUAAAUAUUUUUCCGUCUAAUUAUGUUUAAUAGUCAGGGUUGAAAUAUUUGUCAUUUGUCGAGCUUUUUAUUAAAUUGUAUAAUAAUUGAAAAUGUUUAAGUUAGAGCCUUAGGACUUAGAGGAAACAAGCACUUAUUUUUUGGUAUAUAUAUUGUCUAAACUUUCUGUAACUUGCUUAACUCCUCGUGCAAGUGUAUUGAAUGUCUUCAUUCAAUUAUUAUUAUUAGCUUCUCAUAAAUCAACAAAUUAAUAUCAUACUUGAAUAUACAUCUACAAUAGAGA